AUGACUUAUUACUCCGAAGAAAAAAUGUUCGUAAUUGUCGAUAGUCGUCAGAAAGCAAGAAAAGUAACCACGUCUAAGAAAGCUGGAGAUCAAAAAACUUCGGUUGAGGAUCGGAUUUCUGUAGAAAAUAACUUUAAUCAAGAAAAUUACAUUUUAGGAACAAACAGUGUGAAUGUUAAAGCUAAUAUGUGGUUUUUAUUGAUUUGGAUUUCAUUGUUCAGUCAGACUCAAUCACAGACCCCAGAAAGUACCUCAGAUUUUCGAAACUAUAGAUUGGAACUAUUUGAAGAAGGAAAGAGAUAUGAUGAUGCCAGGACUGUAUGUGAAGGAAGAAAUGCAUGGCUUGUUGAGAUAAAAGAUGAAGAAACUCAAGAUGCAGUGAGACAACUUACUGAGUAUACUAUUUGGAUUGGUUUACAUCAUGAAAGCGAUUGGAAAUGGAAUAAUAUCUAUGAAUUACACUACACUAACUGGGUCCCCGGUCGUCCUGGAACAGUGUCUGAUUCAUUCAACAACUUCUGUGUCACUUCCAGAUCAUCUGAUGGAAAAUGGAUGAAUUACGAUUGCGGACUUGGGUAUCGAUACGUGUGUCAAUCAGAUAGAACUUGGAUCAAUUUCAACAAUGAACUAACACUUCAAAUAAUAACAAGUCCUGUGAAAACAUUCUUUGAGUCUCAACAAUCCUGUGCUAAGAACGGAUCGACACUUGUGGAGAUAAAAACAAAUGCCUUGGAAAUAUUCAUCAAUCAAAAAUUGAGUGACAGCAACAAUUUCUGGACGAGUGGAAGUGAUUUAGAGGAAGAAGGAUCUUGGAAAUGGGGAGAUGGGACAGCUAUAGAUAUCAACGAUGACAAUUGGGAAAAAUGGUCUGGUGGAAAUGAACCAAAUGGAGGAAAAAUACAAAACUGUUUGAUAAAAUACGCCAGUGUGAAUUAUAAAUGGGUUGAUUACGAUUGUAAUCAACUUUCUGGAUAUAUUUGCCAGCGAGAUGUAUCAUCCGGUGAUUGUGGUAGAGAUGUCUGCUCAGGCAAGGGAACCUGUCAAUUACAUGAGGAUCGAUACAAAUGCACCUGCGAUGCAGGAUAUUUUGGGACAAAAUGCGAAAAAGAUCUUUUAACAAUAUCAACUUCAUCUGCACAAUACAAUAUCGAACAAGGGCAAAGUCUAACAGUAAAAUUCAAUAUAACGUCUUAUGACGGCAACAUCAACAUUAGAGUUUCAACCAAUGACAAUUCUUCAGUCACAUCAACAUCUACAACAGAAAUCACAAGCAAUACUGUUUCAACCACCCUUUCAUUCACUUUCAAUCUAUUCGUAAACUCAAAAACGCGAAUUUACAACUUUACCGCCACCCCGGUUUCUGCUGCUUCAUAUUCGAGAGUGGCAAACAUAACGGCAGUUAACCCAGACACGACUACAGUAUUUAACAUAGUUACAAUGGCGAAUGUGGAUUUGGCUACAUACCGCAUCAGAAUCGGUCUAUUUCGAGGCGGUUGUAGAACUAAAGAAAAGGGAACAUCGAUUUCUGUUUCACAACUCUCGGAUUAUUCUACGAGACUGUCUUUAGCAAUCCUGACAGUUGUGUUUGCAUUGCUUGUUGUUCACGGAAUUGAGAAGAAUCCGGGGCCAGGAUCAUCGGAUCAAAAACGUGUCAAUGGAGGAUCUAGUGUUGGCCCAAAAGGAGAAAACGGAACCGCGGAAAGAAUAAAAGAAGUUGUUAACAAUUUCAUUGGGCUCGAGUCAAGAAAAGAUGUAAUUGAAGAUUUUGAACCAGGUGCGAGAUUUGAAGAUGUUUUCCUCGAUUUACCGAGAAGGUUUCUGAACAUCGCUGAGUUUAAACGUUUCGCAUUAUCGAAAAAUGGAUUGUUUUUGGGCUUGAGCGAUGUUACCUCCAUUGAAGAUGAUACAAAAUACUCCUCCCUUGAUCAAAUGCUUAGCAUGCUUUGGUUGUGGAAGGAAAACGCUGGUGAUUCCGCAUCGACGACGUCUAUCAUGGGAAUACUUAAUAACUAUAAAGAAAAUCAACAUCCACAAUCGGACGUCCAAGACAAAAGAAUUGAAGACACCUUUCUCGAAAUUAUCGAAACAUUUCACAGCCUAUCCGAGUUCAGGGAAUUUGCACGAUCUAGCAAUGGAUUAUCACUGAAUAGCGUCGAUGUUACUAUGAUUGAGCAAGAUUCAAAAACGACUUUCGAUAAAAAGCUUAGCAUGCUUCGACUGUGGAAGCAAAAUACUGAUAAUCUUGCAACAAUAGCAACAAUCAGAGAAAUAGUUAAAAAAUAUGAAAACGUCACGCAUCAGACAACAUACCAAGGUAAACAUUGA